CGGCCACCAUCCAUCCUCGAACCAGACUGGCGCCAAACAUCGGCAGCUUAUUAGAUGGAUCAAGCAACGCGUCCUAUCAGUCAUCCCUGUCAGUGUUCUGCAGUAGGAUUGGCUAGCCAUUCCGUGCACUGUGGGCCAGAUUGCCAUCGAUUUCGUGGUCUGGGAUUCGACAUGCCCUCACGGAUCUAUCUUUCUCCUCACUUACUCUGCAGAACUUGGUCACUGGGAUGGUUAACAACCACAAGUUAACUUAACAUCUCAAGUCCAGACAGGUGUCGGACUUGCAUCGGAUACGAUAGAAGCAUCAUAGAUGGUCGCCGGUAGGAUCGCCGAUGCGGAACUCCCCCCGGAACAUGAUGCUUUCGCGCCAGCUACGAUAAGCCCUCGAAAUUCACGGCCAGCCGCGACGUUUCCCCUGUGGCAUUGGAGUCUUGGCUUGCAGGGACGAAGCCACCCGCCAUUUUCAAGAUGUACACGCGCAACAAACCAACAGCUUUUCCGUCCGUUGCUUUGUCGUCUACGUACGAGGGUGGUAGAUUCCCGACCGGCACUGUUCUUCUUUCGGCAGGUCAAAAACCGACGCUGCGAUUGGGUACUCUGUACAUCCGCGUUGCCUUUGCAUCAAGGGUUGUUGGCCAACCUGACAAGGUGUGAUUCCCUCCACUGUUAUCGCACUAGGCGCGUGAUCCCUUAUCAUUUAUUAUGUGCUCGAAACAAAGUACCUUCUCAAGCGUGCCAAGAGACGUCAGGGACGUUUGUGCGGCGCGACUCCGCGCUGGGCCAUCGCGAGCCAUGUCUUGGGUUCCAUUUCUUGCUCCUCUGGCGGCGUGGCGGCAGAUAUGGCAGCCCGUGGACAACUCAUGAAUCCUCGCGAACGGCUCGCAUCCUUAUGGUCGGGAACGUCAGUCAUGUACAUGGCUGGCCGACUGUUAAGAAGCUUCCGUAUCCGAAUGUGAGGUCGGGAUGGCCUCUUGGCGCUGAACAACUUAACGACUCGCCUUUAGCCUUUGGUGCUGACGGCUUUUUUUUUUCCAGUAAUCAGAACCGUCAUUUAACGGAAUUUACGAAUUACUUUCACUUUCCUUGAGAAAUGAAAUUCUUGACAUUCACCAGGACCUCCGUGUUGGAGAGGCUCGAAUGAAGCUUCUUCCAAGACGCGCGAUGCGUAAACCACUUCAAAAACCUUCGGUUCGCGGCAACUUGGCUUCUCCUUGGCGAUGCCAAUGCUUCGUAUGGGCGUAUCUUGCCGUCUUGGAAAAGUCUUGGGAGUUG